AUGAAGUACGUCGCCGGCCUGUUCGCCACCUCGGCCGCCGUCACCGGCGCCUUCGCCGCCCCGCGCCUCGGCCUGGCAGACCGGGUCUUUGCCCGGUCCUCCGAGCACACCCACCAAACCAACCCACUCGAGAACCUCGGAGGAGAUGGGGGCGACUCGAACGCCCGCGUCGCCAGCAAUGUCGCCUACAGCAACAACUGGGCGGGAGUCGUGCGCGAACAGCCGCCACCCAACGGCAUCUACACCGCCGUGUCGGCGACCUUCACCGUGCCCAAGCCGACGUCCGUGUCCGGCGACCAGGAGGCCGGGUCUGCGUGGGUCGGCAUCGACGGCGACACAUACUCCAACGCCAUCCUCCAGGCCGGCGUCGACUUCUACGCGCGCGACGGCCAGGCUUACAACCAGCCCUGGUUCGAGUGGUACCCGGAGGCGGCGCACAACUUUGAAAACAUCGAGGUGGCCACGGGCGACACGAUCGCCGUCAAGGUGCACGCGUUGAGUCCCAGCCAGGGCGUCGCCAUCAUCGAAAACAAAAGCAACGGCCAGAGCGCUACGAAGACGCUCAACGCCCCGCGGGCGUCAGCCACCCUCGCCGGCCAGAACGCCGACUGGAUCGUCGAAGAUUUUACCUCCGGCGCGUCCAUGGUGCCGCUGGCGGAUUUUAGCAGUGUCACGUUCACUGGGGCGGGCGCGGACGGCGGUAACGAGCAUUUCGGUGUGAGCGAUGCGACGAUCAUCAAGCUGAAGCAGAAUGGGAAGGUGUUGACGGAUGUGAAUGUCGAGGGAGAUGCGCAGCUCACGGUCCAUUACAAGAAGUCAUGA